UAUAAUAAAAAACCAAAAAUGUUUUAAACCAAAUUUUGUAGACUUGCUAUUAUAUUCCUCUUUCUACUUUUAUGAUUAUAGUUUUGGUAAUUGUCUAUAAUUUAAAUUUAAAAGUUUGGUACACAAUUACUUCAAAAAGUUUAGAAACAUCAUGUGCCAUCAUAACCUAUUUGGCUUAUUAAAUCAAUCAAAAAGCUCAAAUAAUCUAACACAACAUUAAAUAAAAAUGUUUAAACUAAGAAAGAGUGUUAGUUUAUUUACUAGAAUUAAACAGCGUCGUGACUUAAUAGUGGACGGUACGAAAACAAAAUUCGAGGCGUUGGAAAAGCGUGUCGCUGGCACAUUCGCAGAAAAAUGGUUACGAUUUUGGAUGAAUCUUGCACGGGAUUAUCGAGAUGUUUCCCUGGAUUUAGUCAAAGAGAUACGUGCGAAGCCGUCGAAGGCGAUAAUAAUUGGCACGUCUGGCUGGCUGGCAACGGCAUUUGCCCUACACAACCCCAAUGCAACGCAUUUUCGAGACACCUUCCUCCAAGCUGCUAAUGACUCUUCAGUUGUGCACCACACUUUGGUGAAGCCUGAUGUGUUAGAACAUUUGAAAUUUGUUGAAUCCUGUUAUAAUUGUAAUUUAAUUAGACACACAAGUUUUGGACUGUUUUCCAUUGUGUGGGUAGAUCAAAGUUCCAAAGAGUGCAAGGCAUUUGCCACACAGUGUAAUUACUUAAAAUUGGGAUACACAGAUAUUCCUAGUAGAAUUAUUGAUAUUGGAUUCUUAGAUACAUGGUGGGUUUUAGUAAAGAAAAUGAAAGAUUUUGACAUUAAUUAUUAAUGUAGAUAUGUAUAUUAUUAAUUAAAUUUAUUGUUACAUAUGCAAUCAAUGUUUUCUAAUUUAGAAAUAUAGUAAACAUAAAUUAUGUUCAAUGUAAAGGAUUAUAUGUCUAAAUAGAAAUUAUAAACAGAGUAAAUAAAUCAUUGGUAUGUA